AUGCCGCCUCCACGUGCUAUGACAUUCACUGGUUGCUGGACAUGCAAAGUCCGUAAAGUCGCAUGCGAUAAACGACCAAUCGCUUGUAAGAACUGCGAAAAGCGAGGUGUGACCUGUGGCGGUUAUGGUAUCAAAUUGCAAUGGGUCUCAGAUUCGCUUGCAGAGGCUCGCACAAAUUCCAGAUAUCAAGGGCGUAGGGCUUUGAAACUAGAUCAGACAUAUCCAGUCCAUGAGUCUGAGACGAUUGACAUGUUCCUCUCACAUAUUGAUCUAGAUACUCAAGAAGGGUCGUCAUCUCGUCAGGGCCCUUUCUCUGUGUUUUCAGUCAGGGAGAUCAGUCCUCCGGAAAUGGACAUGUCGCACACAAUAUCCGAGUCUUCACCUGCCACUACCAUCAGCCAAUAUGGCGAACUACUAUACUACAAUCAAUUGAAACCUUUGGUAGAACACCAUGUCGCUUGUCAAUUACCACAAUCGGCUGUACCAGACCUAUAUUUCGACACGGAAAUCUUGCUGUCCUCUGAACCUUCAGGCUCAUCAUUUGAGCUCUUUUCUGGAGUCGAGUAUACAUCAACCAGCACGAGUCUAACCGAUCAAGUACCAGCAAUAAAAUGCCCGCUCAACCAACAGUCUUCGAUAGCAGAGGCUAAUUCUGACAAGACGAACAGCCAAAACACGUCAGUUGUAGAGACAGGUAUAACUCAAUUCAGAUGCAUUUUCAAAGACUCGGAUAUUUCUUUUCUCAUGAGCCAUUAUGAUACUCACGUUGCGAGUCUUUUGAUGCCAGUUUCACACUCGGAAAACCCGUUCCGGCGCCUUUAUCUAUCUACAGCGAUUGAGGGGAUGAUGUAUCACGACUCCUCCGUAACGACGUCAAAAGGAAUGGCAUACAUAGCCCUUUAUCAGUCUCUAUUGGCGUCAGCAUCCUUUCACCGUUGGAACUGCGACCAGCGACAGAUAAUGCAUCGAGAAACAGGAGCCAAGUACCGUUAUCGGGCCAUUCAAUCACUGAAAAAUGCAGUGAGUGAAGCUGGCUCGGUGGCCAACUAUCAAAUUCUUAUGAUGGCGAUCCUAUCUCUCGUAACUAUUGGUGUCUUGUCAGGAGAGGGUGAGGAGUUUCGCCUACACAUAGAAGCUGCUACGCAACUCCGCAACGCACGAAGUCGCUGGAAACUGAUGAGCCGCCCCUCCCAGCAGCUAAACCAAGUUGGCACUUUUUUGGCUUUGCUAUCUCGUACCAUGUUGUUUAAGCCUUCUUCACUUCCAUGGCGCGACAGCAAUGAGCAGGCUACUGCUGCAGAAGAUGAAGCCAUACAAUCAAGCGCUUGUUAUGAGUACAUAUAUGGUAUCAAGCCAAGUAUUGCCGUAGCAAUCAACCGGGCUUGUCGUCUUGCUGAGCAUUUGCUUCGGGUUCGAGAGGAAGGAGAACAGCAAAUACCGGACACCUUGCUGGAAGGUUGUGAAGAAUUAGGUGACAUGCUAGAGUCGUGGCGGUUAAAAGAAGAGAGUCCCACACCAAUAUCGAGUGACGAUGACCUUGGGGUCUUGAUUUUUACUCAUCAAGCAAAGGCUUGGUACGCUGCUGCACUUAUCUACUACUAUACCCGCAUCCAAGGUGCUCAGCCGACGGACCUCAUCCAAGAAGUUACUGCUGUCGCGGAACACAUGUACGCCAUGGAGGAUAUCAAAUCAAGAUUAGGUGUCUUGAUACAAGACAAUCCUAUGGCGCCCAUCACUUGGCCGGCUUUUGUUGCGUCGUGUAAUGCUCUGGGGGACAUGCGUCAGAGGGGCUCAAAUUGA